AUGAACGAAAAUAUUAACUGGAGAAAACAUGUUAUAUGCAGCGCUCACUGGAGCUCGGGGAAACGAGAGAACAAGAAUCAAUUGCCAGACAUAAUUUGUACAAAAGAAUAUGCUGCUAAUCUGGAAAAAGAGUACUCCCAAAAACCAUCUAGGGAAUUGAAAAGGAAAAUUGACUGUACAAAAACGGUUCUUACUUCGUCGAAUGCCAAUACCGUGAGGAGUACUCCUAGGAAACCCCCGAAAGACAGGAGUGAAACUCCCGUACCGCGUGUUAAAAAGCGACGGGUUUCAGCUGCGAACGUAGAAAAAGAAAAUCAGAAGCUUAAAAGUCAAGUGGAAAGUUUGACGAGAGAACUAAAUGGAAAAAAAGCUUUGAUUGAAGAUUUACAGCAACAGCUGUCAAAGACUCAAACAGAACUUGAAAAAAAUGCUGCGAACAACAGUCAGCAACUCAAUGCAAUGAAGAAAGCACUCGAAGGCCAAACUUUUAGUUAUGAAGCACUUAUGAGAUACCCAGAUAGAAUUUACUAUAUGACAGGAUUAUCACUUUCCGAAUUAGAUUGUCUAUAUGAAUGUUUGGAGCCUUUCUUGCACACAAUUGUUUAUCCUGAUUGUAACAAUGACGACUCGUCCUAUCUUAGAAAGCUGGACACAAAGACAGAACUUAUCAGUUUCUUGACAAUUUGUAGACAUGCAUUGGACCUUGGUGUUAUUGCAUGGAUGACUGGUUCA